UCUCCUAGGGGGCAUUUCCUCUUCUCUCAGUUUCCCUAUUACCUGGUCAGGGUCUCGUGAUCACAGUAUGGGAAGGAUAAGGCGCUAGGAAGCUGCUCCCCAUAGGAACUGUGAGGCCAAGCACGCUGCCCGGGUGUCUGACGUCAGGGUUGGGACAGUAACCCCAGUACCAGGGACACCCUUCUGGCCCGCCGGGCCGCCCCUCUCCGGCCACAGAGUCCCAUGGCGGUGACCACGCUAAGGCGACGGGCUGAGGUGAGUGCACGUCCCCCGGGCCCUCCGCCCUCAGCCCACUGAGCCCAGCAGCCCCGGUGCGGGACGCCCAUCACGUCCUGCAGCCCCGACCCCCACGUCCGGGACCGUGAGGCGCUAGUAGGUGACCCACGGUGUGACGGGGUGGGCGAGGGUGACCAGCCGAGGUGCAGCCUUCUAAGCACGUGCAGAUAUCAUUGACCGGGAAGGACAGCGAACUGGGAUCGGCCUUACCUCUGGUUUCAACAGUCUGAGGCGGAGUCACGUCCAGACUGGGAGGCAGAGGGGUUGCACACUCAUUCUAAUGGUUCUGGGAGCUGGAGAAGGUCCUGAACCGAGAGAGAGACAGACAGGCUGUGUCACGGUUUUGAAAGCCUUUUAGAUCCUUCUGAGAUAGAAAACCCAGUGGAGUGUGGUGAUGACAGGCACAGGAAGAGGAGCCAUUGUUGAAGGUCACAGGGCUGGUCGUUUUAACCUUUGAGGAUGUUGCCGUGUACCUCUCUAGGAAAGAAUGGCUCCUCCUGGAUGAGGCUCAGAGACGCCUGUACCUCGAUGUGAUGCUAGAAAACUAUGCUCUUGUAUCAUCACUGGGUUGCUGCUGCAGAUCAGAGGACAUGGUGGCACCCAUGGAACAGAAUAUUUCUGUAAGAAAGUUGGAGGCUAAGAAUCCCAAGUCUGCCAAGUCUUCCCAGAAUAGCCACCCCUGUGAGAGUUGUGAGCCCGUCUUGAGAGACAUUUUCCAUGUGGUUGACCAGCACAGAAUACAAAAAAGGCCCACACUGCUGAGGUGUGGGGCAUGUGCAAAACCAUUUUAUUUCAGUGCACAGUAUAACAAGCACCAGGAGGAGCAUACAACAAAGAAUUCUUUCACAGGCAAUGUGGACAGAGUCUCAAGUGCAAAGAGCUCCAAUUUCAAUGCAUCAUGGAAGCCUUGUACCUCUAGUCAGGGAGGAAAAUGCUUUGUCAUCAUCCCAGGACAUAUUGAGCAACUGGAUGCUCAUACCAUGCACAGAGCAAACAAAAUCGCUAAAUCCGAAAUGACUUUUCAAAGUACAAAGUAUUACAUCCCAAGAGAAUGCAAGAAAGCCAUUGGCUGCAAUGACACACUUGUUGAGGACCAGAGAUUUCUUACAGGAAGACAGCGUUUUGUGUAUUGUGAAUGUGGGAAAUCUUUUACCAAUAGCUCUUCCCUUUGUGUUCAUCAGAGAGUUCACACUGGAGAAAGGCCUAAUAAAGGCGGUGAAUGUGGAAAAUCUUUGACCAGUAUCUCUGACCUUUGUAAACAUCAAAGAGUUAACACUGGAGAAAGGCCUUAUGUGUGCAAUAUAUGUGGAAAAUCUUUUACCAGUAGCCGGAACCUCCGUGGUCAUCAGAGAGUUCACACUGGAGAAAGGCCUUAUGAGUGUGGUCAAUGUGGGAAAUCCUUUACCCGUACUAAUGCCCUCCAUUAUCAUCAGAAAGUUCACAGGGGAGAAAGGCCAUAUGAGUGCGGUGAAUGUGGAAAAUCUUUUACCAGUAGUUGGAAUCUCCUUUAUCAUCAAAGAGUUCACACUGGAGAAAGGCCUUAUGAGUGCAGGGAAUGUGGGAAAAGUUUUACCACUCGCUCUCUUCUUCAUAUUCAUUUGAGACUUCACACUGGAGAAAGGCCUUAUGAAUGCAGUGAAUGUGGGAAGUCUUUCAUCAGUAGCUCUGCCCUUCAUUCUCAUCAGAGAGUUCACACUGCAGAAAAGCCUUAUGAGUGCAGUGAAUGUGGGAAAUCAUUUAAGAUGAAAUACAACCUUAAUUGUCAUCAGAGAGUGCACACUGGAGAAAAGCCUUAUGAGUGCUCUCAGUGUGGGAAAUCCUUUACCAAUCGCAGUCUUCUUCAUAUUCAUCUAAGACUUCACACUGGAGAAAGGCCAUAUGAAUGCAGUGAAUGUGGGAAAUCUUUUACCAGGACUUCUGCCUUCCAUGCUCAUAAGAGGGUUCACACUGCAGAAAAACCCUAUGCAUGUGGUGAAUGUGGGAAAUCAUUUAAGUUGAAACACCACUAUAAUUCGCAUCAGAGACUUCACACUGGAGAAGGGCCUUAUGAAUGCUCCCAAUGUGGGAAAUCUUUUACCCGUAGCUCUCUUCUUCGUAUUCAUCAGGAUUCACAUUGCAGAAAGAACUCAAGAGUGCAGUGA